AUGGCUGGUGAAAUUCAUGAUAAAAAUGUGCGUAUUUUUAAUGCUAUACAUAUUACCAAUCCCUUUGUUCCUGAUAUGUCUAAGUUAGAGCCCUUUCAUGGGAAACAUUAUAGAAUGUGGUCUAAUGAAAUGGAAUUUUUCUUGGGUCAAAUUGGUGUCGAUUAUUGCUUAUCUACUGAUGCUGCUCCUGAGAAUUAUGUUAGGGAUUUUGUGAAAGAUAAUAAGACUUGUCGUGGGAUGUUACUGCAUUAUAUGACUUUUGCCCUUUAUAUGAUUUAUAGUAAGUCAAAAAAUGCUAAGGAUAUUUGGGAUGGUUUGAAUGCUAAGUAUGGGACUGAUGAUUUUGGGACUAAGAAAUAUGCAUGUAGUCGUUGGUUGAAGUUUUCGAUGAUUGAUGCUAAACCUGUGCUUGAUCAAGUUCAUGAGUAUGAACAUUUAUCUGUUGAUAUUGUCGUUGAGGGUAUGGCUAUUCCUGAUCUUUUCCAAGCCAAUUGCCUACUCGAAAAAUUGCCUUCUUCCUGGGAGAAUUUUUUUCAUUCCUUAAAACAUAGGGAGAAAGACUUUACCCUUCAGGAGUUAGUGUCCCAUAUUAAGAUUGAGGAGCAUAACCGUAUCCAAAUCAAAGGGAAAUUAGUUGAUCAUUAUUCUUCUUCUUCUAAUUUUGUAGAAAAAUAG